UUUUUAUCUCUCUCUCUUUCUCUGUCUAUCUCUCUCACUCUUUCUCUCUCUCUAUCUAUCUAUCUAUCUAUCUCCUUUUUUAAAACAAGAAUGGAUCCCAUACCGUUUGUUAGUUGCAGUCGUCUUAGACAAGUCCAACAACUCCUUGGUGGUGAAUUAGAUGCUGUCUUGUGUAUUACAGGUAUUGACAGUUUAUAUAACAAAGGUUGUCAUCAAUUGUCAAAAUACCUCUUCUUUGAUGCCUUUGAUCAGAAGCAGACAGACAGCAAGAGAUUUCCUGAUGAACUUAUUGACGAUGUUAUCCUCCUGAUAAAGCGUAACUGUGUCCACAUCUACUGCAACCCAUUCAACUGUGACAUUAUUCUACCCUAUGCCAACAGCUGGCAUAAUCUCUGUCUCCAUUGUCUGGAUUCUGACCAGUUCCAAGACACAGACAAAGCUGAAGACUUCAAGAUAAACAGUUUCAUUGCAAUGGUCACUGGCUGCCGAUGUAUUGGUGUGUGUUACAGUGCUACAGAAGAACCUGAGACUUUCCAUUUUAUGGACAUCGAGAAGUGGCCUCUUGUACAGGCAUUUGCAAAUGAAAGUUACCAGAGUCAAGGUUUCUUCACCAUGCUGUAUCAAGUGAAGGACAUCAGUGAGAUGGUCCAGCCUCUCUUCUGUGUCAUCGACUGGACAUACCUGGAGAAUAUCAUUACAAAGCAUCUUCCCAGUUUUGAACAUCAAUGGAGUGUGAUGAUACAGUCUACAGCACAUGCCAUACAGUCUGGUAGAGGGGAGAUAACUGAGUCCGGAAUCAGAGAACCACUGGAGACUUAUUAUAAACAUGCAUGUUUGAACACACAAUACCAACAACAAUACUCUGACAGCCGGCAUCAACCUUUUGUCUUCAUCGGAUCCAAUGCAAGCAAGGACCACAUAUUGAACCCUCAACCUUCCUUGAAGAAAAGUUCACCUCUCAGCUAUGACAUCACUGCGAGUUCACCAGUUUUAGUGGUCUGUCAAGAAGUCUCUGCCAAAGUUCCUCUCCGCUGUUGUCGUACCUAUUUCAUUGAUGAAUUCCACUUAACAGAUAAUUCAGAGUCAGAUGAUGCUAAGAACAAAUUCAGAUUAAUGCAGAUCCUGUAUCUGACUCUGGUCGAAGCAGUUCUACAAGCCAUCAACGUGUAUAAAGAGUCAGCCAGUGUGCAGCAGGCAAAGAAUACAGCUUUAAAUGUCAUCAAGGAAUCAAGUGUCCUGUUCAAAAGUGAUGUCCUUGGAAACCACCUCAGAAUAAGUAAAAAUAUUGAAUUUGUGUUGGAGGACAUUAACACCAAGUCAAGCCAAAAGAAUCCCUUUGUGGACAAAGAUGGUCAAUGCAGGCACCGUUCCACCAUUAAAUGGAUACAGAUGAGUAUUUGGAAUAUCCCUGAUUGUGGUGGACAGAAUAGUUCCAGUGCUUGUUCCCUGACUUUUGGAGAGACAUUCCUUGUUUCAGCUCUUCUCUUCUCUGAUGACAAUUCCCUGACAACUAAAUCUACAGAGGUACAAGUUUUGACUGCUCAAAUACCAAGAUAUCAUUGUUGGACAAAUGUUCCGAUCCAAGACAACAUAUCACACAUUGGUGACUGCCUGAAGCUGACAGACAUGUUGGGAGAUGCAGUGUGUGACAGCAACACUAUUGAACUGGUGGACGCUGACACAGUGUGGGACGUAGUAAGAACUGGGCAUCUCUUUGUACAACAACAUGGUCUGGUUGUCCAUUUAACCGGUCAGAACCCUGUUAUUGUCCCAAACUCUGGGAUUACCAGUCUGGACAUCUACUACGAGGACUCAAGCAGCUCUGCAGUUGUUGUGUUGCUCAACCUAACAGCAACCAGCUGCCUACACAAAUUACUGGUUCCAUCCCUCAAUGACCGCAGAACACUGAUAUUGUUAUUCCAACCAAAGACGAAGGCCAACAAAAUUCUCUUUGCUAAGUUGCUGCCACACUGGAAGAAUGGAACCAUUCCGCUUGUUUACCUGAAGCAGCUUCCAAGCCACAUAGCAAAGCUGUGUAACUCCAGACUGACCUCUUCAUUGGAAGUAGCUGCAAAUCAAAAGAUGGUGUGGACACUGGAUCAAGCAAGUGACCACCUCCACGGACUAGACAUUUUCCUGCACCAUUUAUUGGUCAGUAACAGCCACAUACAACAACCAAUCGUCACUGACCUGGGGAGAAUUCUACUGACAGGGUCCAGCCCAUUGCCUACUACUACUACCACUGGCACAGAAGAUAACAAACACACGGUUGUGGUCACUAUACUGGCUGGAAUCAGAGGAAGUUAUAAAGAGAGUUUCUGCAAAGUCUUCACUGGACUGGCGAAAGACUACAACAGUUGGAUAAUCUUUCAGCAACCGAUCAGGAAUGCAGAAGAGUUUGAUGCAAAGAAGUUGCAACAGCAGCUCUCUUGCAGUCUGCAAAAUCAAUCCCAGCAGAUCCGGAGAUCCGCCAGCGGAGGCAGGAAAUCUAUGCGAAUCAUUGUUGUUGUUCCUGGUUAUACUGAAAUCAUUGAUGUGGUCAGAGCUGUCCACUCACAUCCAGACCGUCACAUUGCAGCACAGAUGGACAUCGGUGCUGUCACAGUUUGUGUGAAUCCCGACAACAGUUUUCUGGAGAACAGGUUCAUGUUCCCUACACUGUGGAACCAAUGUCUGGAAGGUUGGAUCAAUAACAUCCUGUUCAUUGCUUCCAAGAAGUCUGAGAAGAACCUCCAUCUUAUCAAGAAGAUAGAACAAUUGGUGAAGAAGAAGAACCACCAAGUCAACAUCCUCACCGUUUUUGAUGGUCAACUGAACAUGAGUUCCGAUAUUGAUCUGAUCCUUUCAGAAAAUAGCUUCAACACUGAUGAACUGAUCAGAUCCAGACACCUGAUAACUCCGAAUUGGAUGGACCCUCAGACAUCGAAAACACAAUAUUCUGCUGCUGUCCCUGUGGUGGAUGUGAAACUGGUGUUUGACAAGGAAUUGGAUAAGACUUUGUUCAUACAGAGACUAACAGGUCUGAAAGAACAGUUGGCAGGAUAUCCUUUCCACGGCAAUGUCUACCAUGUACGAGGGCAAGUUCAAUUCCUAAAAGAAAAAUCUAUGUGUGAGCUCCAAUACAUAACACUGUCCAAUCAACUGAUCAUUGACAAGGUGACCCUACAGCCACAGCCCCCUGGUCAGAAGCUUCAAUCACAGCAAAAGUCCUUCCUUGUCUUCUCUGGUUGUUAUCUCAACAAAGACGAACUGAAAAUAUGGCUGAAGACCUGCCUUAAAAAGAUUGGUAGCCAAAAACCAUUUCUUGACCGUCACCAGCUGUCGAACAAACUUGUCCGGUUGAUUCAGAAACGCCAUAGUGUUGACCAGUUACCUCCUGGCUGGUUCUUCAAUGGUCAGUCUUAUGUGAGCCUCACAGGGGAACGCUCACCCAAUCAUCCCAAUCUUGACCAAUUCCUUGACCAUUACACUGCAACUAAAAAUUCUGAAAUUACAAAUUAUAACAAAAAAAUUGACAAACAAAAUCAGGAAAAUAUUCUUCAGUUUUUUGAAGAAGACUAAAUAAUGAGGGGCGGGGCAUUUUUCUGAUUGCACCCCUAAACAGGUUCUGACUGCUUACAGUCACAUUAUACCUGGUCAUAAUCUCAUUUUACAACCAGUUCAACACCAGCAGUGCACACUAAGGGUGGCUACCUUACAUAAAGCCAUACAAUAGUGACACCACAUAUUAAGGGUGGUUACCCUUAAUCCAUACAGCUGAAGGGUAAGUUACCAGAAGUUAACCCGUAAAUAUCAAUGUUUAUCCCUACUAUUACAAAACCUUUCGUGAAAUAAAAGAACAAAACACUU